UCUCAACAUUUUAGCCACAAAGCCAUUACAAAAAAGCCUGCACUGCACACCAUCCAACACAACACAAAACAAACUCCAUGGAUUCUUCCACUUCCACUUCACCCAUGAUCAAAACCCACACUUAACUCCACCCCAAAACCCUUCUAUAUCAACCCAUGGCUACACAACAAACCCACAAAGACCUAUUCUCCUCUUAUCUCGGCAUAAGUUUCACAAUCUUCUUACACCUCUUACCCAAACACUCCCUUUCCUUGAUCCCAUCUCUACAAACCCACAACAAAUCACUCACAAAAAAGCUACUACAAGCUGAACAACAGCUUGAUCAGCUCUACUCAAGAAGAAAAGAGGAUUCAAAGGCGAAUGCAAGGGUUGUUGAGAUUUUUGCCAGCCAUCGUCACUCGUGGCAGCAGGAGGAGAAGCGUCUGCUCCGGCAGAUUGAUGAUAAUCUUGAAGAGAUUGCUGAUUUGAGAGCUAAGGUUGAAGAUCUUGAAGUUAGGGUUGAUGAGUUGAAAAGGGAAGUGAGUGAGAGAGACGAGUUGCUGAAUUUUAUAACUAAUAGGGUGGAUGAUGAUGAUGGUAUUAGUGAUAAUUAUAAGGUUAAGUGUAAUGGUGUUGUGGGGGAUUAUUAUAUGGAGAGGGGUUUUCAUAAUGUGGAUGAUUUGGGGUCAGUUUAUGAUGGGGGUUAUAAGUUUGGUCCUUCCGAGUUUUCGGGUUCGGGGGUUUCGAAGUUCUUGGCAGAAAGAUCCAAUCUUUGGCAGGGUGUACAAUACGAUCCCGUUGAACCAGUUCAUGAUUUAAAGCAUUAUGUAACGAGGAGAGAGUCCCCUUGGAAGGUGGAUGGUGAUUCAUCGGGCGUUUCUGCAAAGUUAAAACUCCUUGAACAAGAGCUUCAGAAUUUGGAAAAAAUCGGUGCAAAUGAUUUGUCAAAAGUUCCAACGUUAAUGAAAAAGCAGGCAAAAAGAUAUCAAGCUCUUGCUGGAAAAAUUGAUGAUCUUUGCGGAAGAAUGCAGGAGAACGAUCCAUGCGAACCAAACGUGGGUUUGGAGUACAGAACUCAGAGACAAACCGAGUUCUUACUGGAAGCAUUGCGGCUUCAGCAACGAGCAUCAGAAACAGGGCAGAAAUUGGCGGCAUUACAAACGGAAACAGGGGUGGGAUGCGAUUAUGGGAAUGAUCUGGUGGAAGCGCGUGCACGGUUAACCACUAGACUCUCGUUGAAUUCCAUACGAAACAAUUUCAGGGAUAUUCAACGGAAUCUGGAGAUAUGGUUAGCGAGAAUCAUUGGAGACGUUGAAGGGAUCUUGGCAAGAGACGGUGCUUCGUGUGUAAACCAGUAUUUUAUAUCUCCAAGGUAUCCUUUUGUUCAACAGGAAAGAUUAUAAGUUUAUUUUUUCUUAUUUGACUAAUUUAAACCAAUUGAUUCUGUACAUGCUCUUUUCGCCUAAUCGCUGAUGUGUUAAAAAAUACAGAUUGUUGACCCGUCAA